AUGACUGUGUUGCAGGUUCUAGCCACUGAUCUGGAAUCAGGAGACACUGUUAAAGCUGCAUUGCAUGUAGAAGUUCUUCAGAAAGGUCAACCAGUUCCACAGGGUCCUUUGGGGGCGGGGCAUGUGUAUAGCGGUGAGACAGUGGGCAGGGCAGAGGGCGUGGCAGGGGUGUGUCUGAUCCUGCUGGCCAUGACCUUAUUUACACUGGUGCGGUGCAUACGGAUGAUCAGAGAGAAGCGGGAUCCUGUCAUCCGGACCAGUGUGGCUGACAACAGACAUCCUAAUGUGUGUCUGAGAUGGUUUCGGAUGAUGAACCAGAGCCAACCAAUGACUUUAGUGGAGGAAACAUUCUCAUAUCACAACGAGGUUUUCAGUGAGUACGACCACUCCGCCUCACCUUUCUAUGGCAAACAGGGCAUCUACACCAAAAUAGAGGAACCACCUCCAUCAACAUCAGUGGACUUACCAUCAGUUCCCAUCAACAAAUCGUUACGGGAACCAAGACGCAAUUAUCUGGCACUGCGGCCCAACGGGAGGCCCGUGAACAGGUUUAACAAUAAAACGGUGUCAUUUCACGACUACGUUGUGGUUCGGGAAUGGGAUGAGGAGAGCGAAGAAAAUACAGAGACUACGUUCACAACAGAGGUGGAGAUCUGUCCUGAUUUAGAAGAAAUGGAUUGUGAAUUAGAAAGUGAUGAUUCAGAUCUUCCAGAAGAAGAAUUUCAGAUCCAAUCACAAAUAAUCACUUCAUACUGUGAUGACAUAUGCAGCGAUUCAGAAAAACUCCAUAUGCAUCUUAAAAGAGUGAACAGAGAUUGUGAAACACAUAAUACAGAAGACAAAUUUCAUGCAAAACCACUGGAAAUAAGGGACCAAAAAAUAGCUGGAAAGCACAGAUUCAAGUCUGAUCUACAAAGACACUCAACUGAAAGUCCAGAAACAGAUCGAACAGUAACACAAAACACUACACAAGCAGAGUUGUCUAUUUUUCAAAUAGAGACAUAUAUCAUUGACCCCAAAAGCUUGGUUUCAGAGGCUGAUAAACCUGUCAUUAAUUAUUCAGAAAGCUUUAAAACAGAUGGUACCAGAAAAUCGGAUGAUCUUAAUUUAGAUCCACAGGUUUCAGUAGCUGAAAGUUCUGUACAAAACAUUCAUGAUGUAAUUAACUUACAAACACAUCUAAGCACAUUAACACUUGAUCCAGGUCAAUACAAUGGGUCAGAGGAACGUCUGGGAGUUGAGACGGACAACACCCCAAGCUCAAACUUAUAUUAUGUUAACGAGGACAUUGCAACAAAUUUAGAUGACAGUAGCCCAGAAGAGGAGUCUAUAUCUAAUCUAGAUGCAAGCAGUCAACAUCUGAACUAUCUUCAUGAUCCUCACGACACACAGAUAGAAUGUUUCUACUACACAGACACGGAUGAAACUAAUGAUGGGAGAUGAUUACGGGAGAAUGACGAAAGCUAAGAGUGACACUGAAUCAACUCAAUGUUUGAAUUGAGCUUGAGCAUCAAAUGAGCUUUUGUAAAAUGGGAAAAAAACAGAUUUGGCUUCAGCGAGACAAUGAACGGAUGGGUGAGUAAUACAAGAUUCAAGCCCUGCACCGAUGGUUUUCAGACAUUCUGUGUCCUUUCUACAUAUAAAGAACAUCUUUGCACAUGGACAUGCUUUCUUUGUAUUGGAAAAAAUUGCACUGAGCAUUGCAAACUCAAAUAAAUUGUACUGGUGAUGGCAAACAAUAGACUGCUUGUGGUGUAACAGUUUGACUUAAACUUAAGUGGGACUCAUUCAUUACGACAAUAUUGAAUCAUAUCAAAGAAAUGGAAAAACAGGUGCCUAAAAAAGUAGAAGUCACCAGAUCACCCCCUUGUGGAUCGGAUUAGAAUCUGCACAAAAACAAGAAAUUCACUUGAAAACCCAAUUGAAAAUGUGGCUAAUUUUCAUCAAUUUUAUUGAGAAAACACUCUCAGCUAUGAGACAGUAUUUACCACACCACAGCAUACUAAACACAGUUCACAUUCAAUUAUAAACACACACACAUACAUAUAUAUAUAUAUACACACAAAUUUAAUACUAAUGAGAGGUGGUCAUUUUCAGUCAUGGGAAGAAAGGUAAGAAAACCGAAAAUAAAGUCUGGAAUAUUAAUGUCAAAGCAGUCUGAAGAUUGAAGGAGACAGAAGAAGGCACUUGAGGAAAGAACAGCUUACAGUCUAAUAAUGAGAGUACUAACACUUCAUAAAGCUCUUAAUGACAGGUUGCAGUGGGUGGAAGGAUGUUCAAUAGCCCUUCAUGCAGGGGAUUUUGUUCAUAAAGGAGCACCCAAUCAGUUGAUUGAUCAAUUUUAAACAAAGCUUUUAUCUGUCCAUAGAUUGACAAAAACAGGAACCACUCCAGAACAUUUUGGUUGGAUGUAUUUUAAGACAAAGAAAAACCAUGAAAUUAUGCAACAUACUCAAUACGGUCUACUAUUUAGCGUCAUGUCAAACAUCAUACAUCCUCUGGCUAAAUGGAGAUAAACACAUACAUGUAGUGGUUGAAAGAACUUUUAUAUUACUUAGAAAAGUAGUUUACAUUAGGGUAUUAUUUUUAUAUACCAUAAAAAAAAAAGUGUUUAUAUAUUGUGCCAUGUAAAACGCUAGUGGGGGUUAUUGCUCAAUGCAGUGUCGGGUUACACACAUGCCAUUAUGCUGCAUUAUAUGGCCGCAUUUUAGUGCAAUAUAGACCAUCAGACAAACUUUGACAAGCUUCACUAGCUGACCUGAAUACCACUUCAUCAGUGCAUUUGAAAUCACGUCAGAAUCCAACGGUGCUGAGUUAAUCUA